GGGGAAAUGUCAAGGAGACUUAGAUUUUAGACUUCAAAGUAAAUUUAUUCAAUCUGAGGAAGAUAUCAAAAUUUUAAUAAAAAGCAUGAUAUCGGAAGAAAUAAACAAAGGACAAACACAGUUUGAACAAAUAUUGACAGCUGUUUCAGAAACUCGUAAGAAAGUAGAUGAAAAAUGCGAACAUCAUGAAAAUUCCCAACACAAAGCAAAACCUAUUGAAAACUCAAUGUCAAUUAAAUUUAAAAAAGCUGUUGAAGAAACUAGAAAUGUUCAAAGGAGAGUUGUUGAUUUGAUGGAAAACAUAAGAAAUGAUACAACGAGUAUUAAUACAAAAACAAAAGAAGUCGAGAAGGAAGUAGAAAAAAUAACAUCUCUAAUCAUGGAACUAAGUGAGUUUAUAGAAGCUUUCGAUGAAAAUGUACAAAUGACAACACUCCGAAAAGAUAUUGAUAGGACAGAAAAAGGAAACCAUAUUCCACUGCAGAAGAAAACCGAGAGAGAAAAUAUCCAAUUUGAACUGUUAUAUAUUGUACUGACUUUACUUUUUCUAGUGUCAUGUUUAAAUGUCAUAGUCUUAUUGUGUCUGUUUAACAAAUUUGUGAAACGUACUGCUGUACUGGAGCAUGGACCAGAAGAAACAAAAACGUCAGUAAUGCAACAAAUCCAGAUCAUGUUGAGAAGCUUGAAGAUUCUCUCUGCAUCGUAAGCUUUGAUGAAUCAUCCAGCAGGACAAAUCAUCUUUCAAUGACUAAACAAAUUGCAGAAUAUGGUGAACUAAAACUACAGACGAAAAGAGUUGUCAUUAAAAAAAACAGCCUUGAUGAUCUGAAAGAUAGCAUUCCGCCUUCUAAGGUCUUCCUUGUGUAUAUUGAUUACAACGAAGAAAAUUUGAUCCUAGAUAAAUCAGAAAAAAGUGGUACAAGGCGACAAACAGUGAAAUACUUGAUGAAAACCAAUG